GUUGGUAUUUAGAUUUAUGUAUGUUAAGUUGAAWAUUGUGUAACAUUUAUUCUUACUACAAUAUAAUUCCUAUAUAGAAAUUGAUACAUGUACGUUAUUAAAAUUACAUACGUUGGUGGAAUACUUUUGUUAUGAAAUUUUUAUAUAUCUUAAAAAAUUAAUAAAAGGAACAAGCUAAAAUAUUUGCAAGCAGUAUCUAUAAUUAUAAAAGUAAAAACUUAUUCAUUAGGUAUAAAAUAUAUUAUUUUACUUAAUUCACUUGUUACUACAUAUAAAAUAAGGAAAAAAUGUUUGACAUAGAUUCGGGGGGAAAUCAAGCAGAAGCAGAUGAUGAAACUAUAUCUGAAAGUACUAUACAAGGUGAUCGUAUCAUAUUUCAUCACCUACCGGCAUACAAAUUUGAGCAGGAAUUGAAGGAAGAUGCAAAUGGUAAUAUAUAUAACACAUAUUUCAAUUCCUUAAGCAGAACGAUGGCCCGUUUUCAAUGGAGUCAGGAUUUAUACAACAAGUUAAGUAGAAAUAUAAAGUUGGUACACGAUAGGUUUGUUGAGGGGGAUGAAUUCAAUAAAAAACGAUGUUAUGAUUUAAAUUUCUGGUUAUAUAAUGAAGUGUUUAAUAACCUUAAAUCAACCAGUGAAAACGAUACUAAGUUUUUUAAAGAUAUUUCUACUAGACUUCAAGAAGUGUGGAAAAAUGUUGUUGAUGCAAAUUAUAAGGGUCAACCUUUUCAGUGCUAUCCGGAUAAAGCUUUGCUUCUUAACAUGGGUUAUUUACAAGAAGUUAAGGAUUUGUUCGAUUUUUUUCAAGAUUACAAUGAAAUGAAAAAGGAAAUCAUUGCUGAUACUUAUAAAUCAUGCCGUAGAUAUCUUGAUUACCUUAAACAAAGAAUUCCAGUGUAUUAUACUUGGAGAGACUCAUGUAAAGUGGAUGAGUUUGCUUGUAAAAGAUAUAUCGAUGAUUAUAUGAAAUAUCGUCCAGCAAGUAUUGUGCCAGAUUUAAACCCCUUGAUUGUUCUUUGGUAUCCCUAUACUCCUUGUUAUCAAAGCGUUUAUGAUUUAUUUGUAAAGGCAAAAGAACAGCCAAAACGAAAUGAUGGUAUAUAUAAAAAAAAAAUGGAAAAGCUUGAACGGUUAAAUCCUGGAGGAAAUUUACUAUUAACAGAUAUGGGAGAUGGGUUACGUGGAAGUGAAUUUUUUAUUCCCGGUGAUCAUGAUGACUAUUGGUUACGCCUAAAGUGGGAUAUAUUGCUAUACAUAACUGACGAUAUCACGCCUCCUUUGCUUGGUAUAGUGGGCGUACUACUAAUAUUGUGGGCCUUGUAUAAGUUUACGCCCAUUGGAAAAUCGGUGCGACGCACACGAGCAAAAGUCAGGAAACGAAUUAGACCUAACAUUAAUUAUGAUGAUAUUAAGUUAUUAUAUGGAAGUGAAGAAUCUUUGAACAGCAGCACAGAUUCUUAUGAUUAUAAUAAUGAUUAUGAUUAUGAUGAUAGUAAUAGUAAUAGCUCUUAUAAUUUCUCUUACUCUUCCUCAUUGGAUUAUUAA